UUGGACUUAGUUGACGAUUGUGACCUCACACCUCUGCUAAUAUCUGCCUUCUACGGACAUAUUGAUUGUGUUUGUGCACUUCUGGACUAUCCCUGUGACGACAUGACUGAGAUUGCUGCAUCGGACGUUCCUGAUGAAGGUGAUGAAGGCGGCCAAGAGCAGCUAUCUACACACCAACAGGAAGGUGAUCACUCCCCCUCUAAUUCCUACUCCAUCUGCCUUGUGAAUGUGUUGAAAACUGCUGCGAUGAAGUGGUACUUUCGAUUAGAUGGAUCCAAUACUCUCGUGAUUCGAUCAAUGCGUCAGAAUCUUGGCAAACACUUCAUUGGAGCCUCUUUCAACUGUCUGCAUUUAGCUAUUUUAACUGGAAAUGUGGAUCUGCUUGAAUGCCUGUUGACCUACGUGAGGGAAGAUUCUGAGGUUUAUGGUGGUUGGCUUUCCGAAGCUCUUCUCUCACAGAAAAGUGGGGAUUUGAGCUCGAAGUGGGUGGUUGAGAAUCCAGAACCUUUGGCUAAUUCGGAUUCCGCGGGAUUGCUCUGCUCUCCUGUCGGUUUGGCCUGCUGCCUGGAUGAUGUCGAUUGUGUGGACCAGUCGUUAAUAUCAGAUAUACUUCAUCUCCUCUCCACGGUCCAAAAUCGUAAAUCUUCUUCAUCGAACAAGCUUCUGCACUACCUUCUUGAUCGUCAACGCUUCCACCUUGUUGGCGGUGUUCUCUAUCAACAAAAGUGGGGAGGUAAUCACAACAUCAUCGAUUGGUCCAAUCGACGGCUAUACGAGCAUCUUUCAGCGGAAAGUCGCGAUCCAGAAGUCUUCUCUACUCUCGUCAGUGACUGGCUCUCUUGGUCCCCCUUGGAUACCAUCACGAAGCUGACUUUGUCAAAUAAUGCUCUCUGCUGUCUUCCAAUGUGUCUUUUAACCCAAUUGCCGUCGCUGGAGGAGCUGGAUUUAAGCCGAAAUUUGAUAACGGAAUUGCUCAGUCAGUCUCAACUAGAAGAAUAUGCAAAAGCCUUGUCGAUCACUGUUCUAGCGCCAAAUUUGACUCGAUUAGAUCUUUCAAACAACUCUCUUUCUGCAAUACCCCCUUGGAUAUUCGGCACGAUAGGUGCAAAAUCGAAUCCCACAUUUGCUCCCCGUCUCUCGAUUCUCCGUCUUUGUGAGAACAAACUGCAAAGUGUCCCUCGACAAAUGUGGUUAGCUAGAAGACUUCAAUGUCUGGAUUUGAGUGCAAAUUCAAUAGGGAAACUACCCUGUGCAACGGUUGAGGAAAUACUCAGUGCUGCUUCACUUCGAUUGGAUUCUUCGGAUGAAACUGUAGAUUUAACCUCGGAGAGAGCUAUUUCCUGCCUUCCUAUAAUACCAAAUGGUGUUAAAGUUAUGACAUUGCUGAAAUCGGAUAAGGACCUAGCUAUUCCCAGCUCCUCCUCCGUAUCGGUCAGCAAUCUGACUACUACCAUAAACCGUCAUCAUUGGACUGGCGGUCUUUUGCACCUCUGGUUGCAAGGAAAUCGUCUGGUUCGCCUUCCUCUCUCAGAAAUUCAGCCGAAUACUAGCCGAAGGUCCUCGCACGAAAUGCGCUCCGUAGACGUGGGACUGCAUCUUCUGGCGCCUGCUUUGACUAGUUUAGAUGUUUCUGGAAAUCAACUGUUUGGUCCUUUACCACCACCCUCGAGAUUUCCGCCCAAUUUAGGUGGCAGUGGUUUGUCAGAUACCCAUCUCUGGUUUCCAGAACUCACUAGCUUGGAUCUCUCUGGCAAUGUCGAGCUCAAAUCUUUGAGUCCAUCUGUGUGUCGUCUUGAGAAAUUGUCUUCCUUGGAGUUGGACGGUUGUUGUGCCCUAGCGGAGCUUCCAUCGGAUCUUUGGCGUCUUUCAAAGCUCAAAUCUUUGACUCUCUUCAACACUCCUGCCUAUGAUAAGUUGGUUCAUGAUAUUCGAGCUGAAGAAGUGGUUCAACGACAACGCCACAAGCUCCACCAACAACAUCGUGGAAAGGGCUCCCGUGGUCGGGGGUUUCAUGUGCCUAUUUCUCCAAUUACUUUGUCAAAAUCGGCAGACUUGCCAAUCCUCAAUACAAAGACCAUUCUGGAACAUCUUAAGUCAUUACCGAGAAGCUCUAAGCCCUACGACAAAGUCCGUUUAAUGUUGAUCGGUUCUCGUAGUGUUGGCAAAACCAGUCUGUUGAGAGCCCUUCUUCGCUGUGAAGAUCAAGAUCAAAGUAUUGUAGAAUCGGAGAAUCCUGCCCUUUUGACUAUCACCCCACUGCGAAUCACCCGAAAAUGCCCCUCCGAUCGACCCAUAAAUGAGUGGACAGAAAGUGUUGAAUUUGGCGUCUGGGACUUUCAAACCCCCUCCGGAAGAGGAGAUGAAGCUGAGGGUGUUCUUUCUGCUGUUCAGCAGUUUCUCAUGACAAAGAGCACCAUUUAUGUAGUGGUCUGGAGUGCCACAGAUGCUCCAGACGGUUUGCACACUUUAGCAAAACACUUGGUUGACAUUCAGACUCGAGCUCCCAAUGCGCCGGUUGCUCUUGUUACUACUCAUGAUGACCUUCCUUCUUGCAUGGCCUCCAAUGUCUCCGAAAUUAUCGAUCGAUGCUUUAUUCACUCAUCAGAUCCUUCAGCAAUGGGUUUCUCUCAACAGAUUUUCGGUCGCUUUAAUAUUAAUCCCACCGAUCUUAAUGAUUACAACAAUCUGAGCGAGAUUCAUCAACUUGCUACUAGCAUUCAUUCAGCUGCUAAUUUACUUAAGCCGCCUUUUCGAAAACCACUGAUCGGAACAAAAUAUGAGCCCGGUCGUCAAAGAUUUCUUAGCUACUCUGUUCCUUUAGUCUACCAUGAACUUGAAGGUGUUAUUCGUGACCUUGCGAAAGACCUUCGUGUUGCUGGGAUACCACCAAUAGUAAGCUUCGAGGAUUUCGUGAAUGAAGUGAAUAUUCGGUUUCAUGAGACAAGUACUUCCAGUGGUUUGGAGAGUGAAGAAGUGAUUCGUUCAGCCCUGAUAUUUCUUCACGAAGUUGGUUUUCUACAGUACUUUGCCAACCUCUCGCAAGCCAUUGUGCUGGAUCCCCUUUGGCUCUGUGAUCUUCUGCUUCGAUUGCUCAUAAGUGGCACUGAGGUUCAAUCGAUUCGAGCAGGAGUCCUGAACCUUUCCCGACUGAAGGAUUUGCUAAUAUCUUCAGACAUACAAAGUGUCCCUGUCGCGCCUGAGAAGUCUGAGGAUAUCGAUCGAUUUAUGCACCGAUUUCAACAUCUGGAAGUAUCUUUCGCUAUGACUUAUCUUGUCGGCCUCCUGGGGAAAUUCGAAUUGGGAGCUCCUUUAGACUCUCAACAUCUUUUAGUUCCUGUUCUUCUACCCAUGAGAAAACUGGCAGAUUUUAAUUGGAAGAUUUCGGAUGCUCCUAAUCGUCAGAUUAGGAUAACUCCGUUAAAUACUGCUGAUACAAACCAGAGACAAUCAGGUAUUGAAGCAUUCCUGAAAGAUUCUGAUCCUUUGGAUUGUUCUGUCUACACACUUCCACGAGGAACUCGACCGAAGAAAUUUAUAGAACCACAACUCCCUCCACCGAUAGCUGAGGAUUCGAGUGAAUCGUCUGCUUCAUCCAUGGAGUCUUCAAAGAAGCAUGGCAUUUUCGCCAAAUUGGCGUCAAAUCUUGUUCCCAAGGCCCUUCGAGGUCAUAAACACAAGACCACAGGGAGCAGUGUCCCCUCACCGUCGAUUGUUUUCGAUCGGGGAGACAAACUGCGCCAAGCGGCAUUUCGAAGAGGGAGUGCUUUACCUCCAGAUCACCUUCAGGUGCCAUCUUGGAUAUGUCAAGCUGCACCAUCCGCACAUGAGGUUCUAAGGGUUUAUGCGCUCUCCUACGUGCCCGCUGGAUUUUGGACUAGACUUAUAACUCGAUUGCUCACUGACUCAGAUCUCAAUGUCAUCUGUGGGCAUCUUUACAACCUAUCUACAGUAGCGCCAGAGUUGCGAGCUAGUCUAUUGAGUUUGGAAAAUCGCUCCUCUUCCACUGGAACUCUUCAAUGCGGAUGGAACCUCUCACGAAUGGGAAUCCAGCUGACUUUGGCUGGAGGAGCUUUACCCGUUUUCACUCUUGAACAAGUUGGAAAUCGUGUCUCUUUCGCCACAGCUUCCAUCGAAGAAACGGAAAUAGCCAUGGAAGCCAACGAAUCAAUAAGGCUAGGUGAUUUUGAUUUGAGAGAAAUCGGACUGGAGAAGGGUGACUCGACCUUUGUAGAUGAAAGGAGUGCUCUUGGAGGACUGGAUGAAGCGGAUUUCAGAGCGUGGAAUCUCUACCUCAUGCGAUUGCCAACUGGUUGUGGGGAGGAGUUUCGGGAACAUUUGCGUGGGGUCGAGGUAGAACAGGCAGAAAAGAGUGGAUUGAUUGUUGAAUCUUUCGAAUCUAGAGUUCUUCUUGUUCAUUUUGCAGAUGACUUCGCAAAGUACUGCCUGAUCCAACUCCACAUGCCUUCAUUCUCAAUUCAAUGGCCUGCUUAUCAAGACCCUUCCAAAAGUGCUCAUGACAAUGGCUUUAGUACUUAUUGUCUACAACCCGACAGACGCAUCCUAACACAAAUUCUAACAAAAAUUGUUCACCAUAUUGACUGUCUAUUAGAGGAUUGGUAUCCUGACCUUGGAACGCGUUUUAGCCAAUCAAAUAACGGGGAAUACCUCAUUCAUCGAGUUAUUCCUUGUACUGAUUGUGUUCAAGAUGCGUCCUUUCGUCUUAGGCAAACGGAAGACCUGAGAGAUGCAGUAUCUUCUCUGGAUAGUGUUUUAAGCGGCGAAAGCAAUGAUAGUCGUGAAUCGGAAAGCGAUUUAGUCAAACAGUUCAAGAAUUCAUCUAACAUCGUGUAUGGAAUUCUCGUGGAGGAAUUGGUCCACUGGCUGUUAACACCAGCUCGCAAUCAAGAGUCCUUGGACCAAGCUACUAGUGUCGAAAUCCUCCCUUGCCCCAUGCACUCACAUACUACUUAUAACGGUAUUUCAGCCCCAGAUUUGUUGUUUGAUGAUGUGAGAACGGAGAUGAGAAUAUCUGGAGGUAAAGCUACUUUAGAGAAGUUUCUUGGUCGUGGAGCUUUCGGUUCUGUCUUUGCCGGUUCUGCUUUCCUUUCUUCCGCCUCUACUCCCAAUGUUCCGGGGCCGAACGAUUCUCUUCUCAAUUUGGUGAAGGUUCCUGUUGGUGUGAAAAUCUUUUCUCCAAUCAAUCCAACGGAAGUUGGCAUCCGACUGUGUGACUGGCAACCAUUCACAGACAAAGUUGAUCUAGAAGAUGAUUCCAAGGGUGUGUCUCUUGAUUCUCGAACCUCAAAAACAGGAACUUCAGAUCUCGGUGUAGCUCUUGCUUUGUAUAAGCAAGAAAAACGUCGAUGGUCGUUCCAACCUGUGGAAUCUUGUUUUACGGCUUAUCAGGAAUUACGAUCGGAGCUGGCUGUUCUUAUGCGAGUUGGCGACGAUGACUCUCCUUUAUCUAUUUGCAAUUACCAAAGUGGGUGUUUCAGUGCCCCACACGAUUCCUCCACACUUCUACGCUCACAUGGCUCCAUCCGAUUAUCUCGCCGUGGAACCCUCAAACGAAGUUCCGCCAAGAGCGCUAACCGUCCAAAGCUCUUCUCCUUCAAUUUUCGAGGACCCAGUGAACAAAUAAUUGCAAGACACCUCUUGACUUACCUUGGAGUUGUGUCGCCAAGACCUCUGACUCUUCUUCUCCCUCUGGCACCCAAGGGGAGUCUCUCUGAUUGGAUGGAGGAAAUGAAGUGCUCCUACGAAAUUGAGGGUGUUUAUCCUGUUCACCAGAACACACUCACGAGUGUAAUUCAUCAGGCUGCUACUGCUUUAGCCUAUCUCCACCAAGUUCGUAUUGUUUAUCGCGAUCUCAAGCCGGAUAAUAUUCUAGUCUGGCAUAUGCCACCUCCAAUCACUUUCAACUCCAAUUUGCCUAAGUCUGGAACACUUCGGAAUUCGUACUCUCACCGUUUGAACCAUCCCUCAUCGGAAGUUCGGGUUGUUUUGAGUGAUUUUGGUGUUAGUCGAUGGCGAGCAAGCUUGGAUGGUUGUCGUGGAUAUGUUGGAACUCCUGGUUUCAUGGCGCCUGAAGUUUUAGCCAGCUUGGGUGAGGACACUUAUACUCACAAGGUGGACAUAUACGCUCUGGGUAUUUUGAUGUCAAGUAUUGCUACGUUUCAAUUACCAUAUCACGGAUUCACAAAUCUUCGUUUUCAACUUAAUCAGCAUAUCCUAUCUAGAGGUCGACCUGAUAUACCAGCAAAGAUCAAAUCCCAUUGUUCUAUACCCUAUCUGGAUCUCAUGAGUCUUUGCUGGUCUCACGAACCUCAGCAACGCCCGGAAGCCUCAUCUAUUGUCAAGGUCACACAGAGUACUCUCCCACCACCUCACCUGUCAACUCCCCCUUCUACCAUUUCUCUGGAUUCUGGAAAUCGUCGAUGUCUUAGGCAGACAGGUUUGCCAAUGACAGUUGACACAGGUUUCGGUCAAAUUCGCAAUGUUAUGCGCGUGGAUGCUGUUGAGGUGGUAACGUGCGCUGUGAUAGACUCCGAGGAUCGUAUUUGGAUUGGCGGCUACAGCUCGCAAACAGAUUCGGAUGGUCUAAACAUUAGCGGGGACGCUUUUUUUUCGCGAUCGACUUCCAGCAAUCGCAUUGGACGACUCUUUGCACUGAUGGCGGAUGGAACGACAUCUCAAUGUGUCCUUGCCUGCUCGUGGUUUCAUCGUAAUUAUGAAGAUUGUGAUCAUUUACCAAAGCCAUCUCCACUGCCUAUAAAUUUGCUUGGCGAGGGUUAUCCUGUCGCUGUGGCUGUCGAUGAUGGUGAUCGUCUAUGGUGCGUGGACUGUGUUGGCCGAUUAAUGAUCUUCAGUAUAUCAACGCUGUCUCUCAUAGCCAGCACCUCUUUGUUGAAAGGAUCUCAUAAUCCCAUGGAUGGUGACUGCAUUUUGAUGUUUCCUGCUGAUAAGUACACAAUGAUUCUCAUUUUCUCUACUGGUUGGAUAUGCUCUGUCCAUCUGACACCCGAAACUCCUAACUCUGCAUCAGCGAUUCUUGUACCCUGGCAUUUGAAUACACUUCACCAAAACAGACGAAUCAAACAAUCCUCAGGCUCGUGUCUCUACCUUUGUGGUGCAAGGCAAAUAUUUUACGGUUUCAGUUUUAUUUGGCUGGGAGGAACAUCCAACAACUUAGCAGAAUAUCAACGACUACCCAAUACAGAAGCUUGGCAGCAAACUUCCACAUGGAAAGCCUCCAUAUCAAAUGACACAGAAAUUGGUCCGUUGCCAUUAACAACAAAAAGGCCAUCAAGUGCACCUCACGGCUGUGGACGCCUUUGUGAUAAAUCACCAGCUGUCACUUGCAUUACUUCAAGUUGGAGUAUAGGUGCCGACGAGCGAUGUCCACAGAGGGUUUGGACUUCCUCUUACCCAGUUGGCGAAAUCGUUUGCUGGUCAGUUCGAACCCGGGCUCCACUACAAUCCAUCAAGCUCGAUUUUGACGGUGGAAACCUCCACGUUCAAGACAUCACUGCCACUGAUUUUCCUGACAUUGUUUCUUCGAUUGGAAGUGUCGAACAACUUCUCUUCACUGCUAAGCAUGGUUUCCUUUUGGUGGGUACUUCACGAGGUGCGCUGCUCAAAAUUCUCUGGCCGAUUUAUGAUGACAAAACUGGGGGCAACAUCGAUGCUGAUGACGACAGUUGCUCAGAUGUGUCCUCUCUUUCAUCUGGAAGGUUGGCAUCCAACCGCACAAUCACUGCUCGAGUUUUGAGGCUUCAUCGUGGACCUGCCGAGCGGUGUUUCAAUCUCCUUUCUGAGCAUCGGAGUCUGGGACGAGGAUUUAUCCAUCCAAUUUACAAGUGCCUUGAAGAUGUUGCACGAAGUGAUGUCGCCAACUAUGAGUGUGGAUACUUCUUUAUCUCCCUUUUACCGAAAGAUGACGAUUUUGAUUACGGCUGUGAUACCAAUGAUUAG